AUGCAGUUUUAUUGUGGACAAAAAACAAGUAUGUUUACUCCUAAUACAAACUUGAAAGACUUUGGUCGUAACGACAUGGAACAUCCACCAAAUAGCCAAAUGGAGCUUCCAUCACUUCAUCAACCGGGGCAUACACCUCUUAAGCUCCCAUCAUUUGCUCAAUUGACCUCUUCCAUCUUCCUGCCUGCACGAGUAGGAUCUCUACCGCUUGGUCUUCAUCCUCGUCUACCCCUCAUUAAUCCCAAACCUGGGCUAUUCACUUAUCGUCAGCCUGAUUUGGUUUGUCGCUCUAACCCCGCUUUGGUUUCUACCUUUGGAUUCCCAUCCACGUCUCAGUAUAGAUUCAAUGCAUCCUCACACAAUGAACUGCCUGUUCAAAAGGUAUUAAAAUCUGUAGCAUCUCUUCGCCCGGUUAAUCUUAGACCAGCUCUUCGCGGCUCUCCACAACCGGUAAUACACAGUGGUUAUGAGCCAGCUACUGAGCCAAAUCCCGCCGCUCAGUCUGAGCAUAAUCCUGCUGGCGUAUCUACCGAGGUACCUAGAGUACCUGUGCGAGAGAAAAACCACAGGUUAGAAAACCCAAGGCAGAAUCCAAUCCUGAAGGCGUGGUAA